AGAUCGGCAGCGGCUCUCGGAAUCCCCAGUUCCCCAUUUCUUGGUCAACAAAAAGCGCCCCCUCAGAGCGAGCGAGAAAGAGCAUAGAUAGGGUGCGACCUGAGAACACCAACGUCGGCGGUGAGAGACGAUGUGGCGGAGGGCCUCUUCGCAUCUCCAAACCCUCGCGACCCCAUGGCGGCGAUCCGCCCCCCACCUCCUCCGCCGGUCCGCCCAAAAUACCCUACAGAGCCGCGCCUUCGCCUCCAUCAUCUCCUCGCCAUUCCGGAAGACCUCCCCCCUCCUCUCCUCGGAAUCCGGUAAUGUCCCUACGAAAAAGAGAGUGGAGGACGUGAUGCCGAUAGCCACCGGGUACGAACGGGCGGAGCUCGAGGCCGAGCUCGAGGGAAGGAAGCGGUUUACUGAUAUGGAUACCCCGGUCGGUCCAUUCGGCACCAAGGAAGCACCUGCUUUCAUUAAGUCCUACUAUAAUAAGAGAAUACUCGGCUGCCCUGGUGGUGAAGGUGAGGAUGAGCAUGAUGUUGUCUGGUUUUGGCUGGAGAAAGACAAACCACACGAGUGCCCCGUGUGCUCCCAAUACUUUGUGCUGGAGGUGAUUGGUGAGGGAGGGGACCCAGAACCACACAGUGAUGAUGAACAUCACUAGGGAUAGGACUUACGAAAAUAAAUAUUGACUUUUGUGGCAAUUUUUACGGGCUAUGCGGUAUUGUUGCUCCAACUUCUAGUGGAGCAAGUGGCUGGAUUUGUUGGGAUGACUGAAAGGCUCCAGCAUUGUGCUGGUAAUAGUGUUUUGGAUGAAGCAUAUUCAAAUGGUUGUUAUUAAUUUGGACCAACUAUCAAGGCAGGUAACUAUGUCAAUUUGUAAAAAUGUUGACGCAAUGCUGAAAUGUAACACAGAAUUAUGAUUUUCCAUUUAUGUCCAUGAACGAACCAGGGCAGCCCGAGUGGCUACUCAGUGCAAUGCAGAGACUUGCUGAGCUACUUCAGUUGAUCCUAUUGCAGAGGAUUGUGGGACCUUCCCCCUGGCGUAUGCAGAUAUUUUAUAUUCAGCUAGGUAGAAAAGUUUCUGAUUGGAGGUCGUGUUAUUUAGGGGCGGUGAGAUGUUAUAUCCCGGGGGGUUCCUGGCCUUAGCGUGCUCAUAAUUAUGGUUUUAUUGUGGGGACUGAGCAGGUGUAACAGUUAACGUGCUUGUUAACGAUGGUGGCAUUCCAUGAAAUUGAUUUCUGUGGGAAGGUCCGUGCGCUAUGUUCUUCAUUCUUCUAGCCUUCUUCACGAUCUUGAAAAGGAUUGCUUCAGUAACCUAUGAAUAGAAUAGUUUUCUGAGCAGACAAAU